UCUCUUCCCCAUGCAGGAGGGCCUGCAGACCUGGAGCCAGGACGGACUUCCCUAGGGAGUUUGGGCAAGAUGGACUCCCUGAGACCUGAGAAGGAGCCAUGGCACAAAAAUCAGUGGAGGCCUCAAAAGCAGAUGGAGAAUGUAGCUGUGAACCAGCAUCAGCACAUCCACCUGGGGAGGAAGACACACCGCUGCACUGAGUGCAAGAAGAACUUCCUCUGCCAGCAAGACCUGUCCCAGCACCAGUGUGUGCAGACCGGGGAGCGGCCGCAUCGCUGCACCAAGUGUGGUAAGAACUUCAGGCAUUCCUCCAACCUGGUUAGGCACUGGUGCAUGCACACAAGGGUUAAGCCACAUCAUUGGUCAAGGUGUGGGAAGAGCUUCAAUCUGUCCUUGAACCUGACCAAACACCAGCUCAUCCACACAGGGGAGAAGCCAUAUCAGUGCUCAGAGUGUGGGAAGUGCUUCAACCGAUCCUCCCACUUGGCCCGGCACCACCUAAUCCACACAGGGGAAAAGCCACAUCAGUGCUCAGAGUGUGGGAAGAGCUUCACCCAAUUCUCCAACCUGGCCCAGCACCAGCUUAUCCACACAGGGGAGAAACCACAUCAGUGCUUGGAGUGUGGGAAGAGCUUCAUCUAUUUCUCCUACCUGACCAAACACCGGCUCAUCCACACGGGGGAAAAAACACACUGGUGCUCGGAGUGUGGGAAAAGCUUCACCCGAUUCACCUACCUGGUCCAGCAUCAGCGUAUCCACACAGGGGAGAAACCACAUAAAUGCUCAGAGUGUGGGAAGAGCUUCGCUCGUUCCUCCAUCCUUGCUCAGCACCAGCGUACCCACACAGGGGAGAAGCCACAUCAGUGCUCAGAGUGUGGGAAGAGCUUCGCUCGUUCCUCCAUCCUUGCUCAGCACCAGCGUACCCACACAGGGGAGAAGCCACAUCAGUGCUCACAAUGUGGGAAGAGCUUCACUCGUUCCUCUGGCCUGGCUCAACACCUGCUUAUCCACACAGGGGAGAAGCCACAUCAGUGCUUGCAGUGUGGGAAGAGCUUCAUCCUGUCGUCUAACCUGACUAAACACCGACUCAUUCACAUGCUGGAGAAGCCAUAUCAGUGCUCGGAGUGUGGGAAGAGCUUCAUCCUGUCGUCUAACCUGACUAAACACCGACUCAUUCACAUGCUGGAGAAGCCAUAUCAGUGCUCGGAGUGUGGGAAGAGCUUCGCCCGAUCCUUCGACCUGUCCCGGCACCAGCUCAUCCACACAGAGAAGAAACCACAUCAGUGCUUAGGGUGUGGGAAGUGCUUCCUCCACUCCUCCAAACUGGCCCAGCACCAGUGCAUCCCUAUCCAGGAGUGUCCAUAAUUCUGCCAGCAAUACAGGAAGGGCUUGGGGAUGUAUACCUGCUCAGCACCCGCCAGUGUCUACAUACAGGGAAGCAGUCUCAUGCAGGUGCAGUGUAGCCACAGUUCACCCUUCAUUCAGCCUUUCUAGAGCAGUGAAAAACCCAAAGGACGUAGAAGCUGGCCUCCCAGGUUUGAUGCGGGUGAGGGCUUAAAAGAAAACACCUCAGGCAAUACACCCAUGUCCUGCUGUGCAGCCAAGGACCCUGCCAUUUUGAAUGAGCCUUUGGCAUGGGGAAGUAGAGUCUCUUUUCUGGGUUAAAUGUGAUAGUAGGGGUAAAGGAGGUGCAGCCUGUGACAGGUCCUGCCUCUUCUGUGGAAGGGUGGGGAAAGAAGGAAGGCACCCAUCGUGUGGGUGAAAUGCAGCACGUUGUAAUCUCCCAUUGGGAAUUCUGAGGCUCCCUGCUGGUGCCGAAGCCAUUUGGCUCCAUGAGUGUCCUGUAGGAGCUACUCCAAGAGGUGAAUAACUCAUCUGACAGAAGAGGCCUUGGGGGUGAUAAUGGACUAUAAGCUGAAUAUGAGCCAGCAGUGUGCCCUUUUUGCUAAGAAGGCUAACGGCAUCCUGGGGUGCACUGGUCGGUGUGUUGCCUGUGGGUCAAGGGAAGUGAUUCUUCCUUUCUGUUCAGCACUGGUGAGGCCACAUCUGCAGUACUGUGUUCACUUUUGGGCCCUCCACUACAGAAAGGAUGUGGACAAAGUGGAGAGAGUCCAGUGGAGGG